AUUAGAAGUGAUACAUCAGAGAUCCUGGAGGAGACCAUUCCACUCAUUAAAGAAAAGGUGAUGGAAAUGAACCACAUCUAUGCCAAAGUUGAUAAAUUAGAGGCAUUUGUUAAAAUGGUUGCACACCACGUUUCAUUCCUAGAAGAGCAAGUGCUCGAAGCAGAGAAGAGCCAUGGCACCUUUCUUAAUACCGUUUGCAAAUUGUUUCAGUGUGCAACUAUCUCAUCAUUUAAAAACCAAUUCAUCACAAUCUCCAGUUAG